AUGUCAGAUGGCAGCUUCAACACGUGGGGGAGUGCUGACUCAGCACGUGGGAGGCGUGUUGACGACGUGUCGCUCUCUUAUUUGAUGGCGAUGCAAUACACAACACCACUGUCGAUUUUUAUUGCUGAAAACAUCACCCCACGCCCACUUCCCGCCUCCAAGUUCAGAAACACAAUUUUAUCCCAAAUUCCUCAUCAACCCUCAUUUUACCCCAAAUUCACCAACCCUCAUUCUCCACUGCCGGCGUCACGGUUGCGCCGCCGUCACGCUCUAUUGUUGCCGUGUCGUUAUCGCUCCCCACUUCGCUCCUCUUGCUCGCGCCGCCUGUCGCUCCGCUGCUGCCGCGCCGUCGGUGCUCAUUUUCUCUGUUGCCGCCGUCGCUCCUCCUACCUUGGUCCUUCUCCGCUCUCUCUUAAUCAAGCUCACAAGAAGCAGGUAUCAUUUCUGACUGUUACUGAACUCUUUACUGGUGUUAUUCCUUAUUUCGGUGUUCCGCUUAGCGUGGAUUUGUUGCUUUUUUCUCCAAAGCCUGAUAUGCUUUUAGAGGGGAAGGUUGUUAAGCUUUCACAAGAGUCCAUUCAUGUUGUUGUGCUUGGAUUUUCUUCUGCGAUUGUAAUCGAGAAAGACAUUAGGGAAGAAUUCGUGUACAAAACUAAACAUGAGCAAGAUGUGUAUGCAAGCAAAUCUCACAAGAGACAUGUUAUCAAAGUUGGAACUAUGAUACGGUUUUCAGUCAAGAGCUAACAUGCUGUUAAUUCAUUUCAAAUGUG